GAGGGAGAGGAGGAGGAGGAGAUACGUCAACCGAAGCAGUGGUACAGAAACAGAAACAGAAACAGAAACAGAAACAUUAGAUUUAAAAAAGGCUGAAAAGAAAAGUAAAAGACCUAGAAGCAGAGGCAGCGAGAGUGGAGAAUCGAAGAGACGAAACUCCAUUUUUUUAUAAUACAGCAAGAAGUCCAACACAGACACCCUGCACUCUAUACUCAUUAACACCAAGGGGGAAUUUUUUUGGGAUGGCUUUUAAGUCAGUGCAGCACUGAUGUCACUGUUCUGGAUUGUGAUUCGUCAGCUUGCGGAGAUCGAAGCCAUGGCUACAUCAAAGAAAGUGAUAACCAAGGAAGAAUGGGAAAAAAAGCUCAAGGAUGUAAAGAUUAGGAAAGAAGACAUGAAUAAAUUGGUGAUGAAUUUCCUUGUCACAGAGGGUUAUGUUGAUGCUGCUGAGAAAUUCCGGUUGGAAUCCGGAACGGAACCAGACAUAGAUCUUGCAACAAUCACAGAUCGCAUGGCUGUUAAGAAGGCAGUUCAGAGUGGUAAUGUGGAGGAUGCAAUUGAGAAAGUUAACGACUUAAAUCCCGAGAUACUGGAUACCAAUCCCCAGUUGUUUUUCCAUCUUCAACAGCAAAGGUUGAUAGAACUAAUUCGGAAUGGGAAAGUAGAAGAGGCUCUGGAGUUUGCACAAGAGGAGCUUGCACCAAGGGGAGAAGAAAAUCAAAGCUUUUUAGAAGAGUUGGAGAAGACUGUUGCACUUCUGGCUUUUGAAGACGUUUCCAAUUGUCCUGUUGGAGAGCUUCUGGACAUAUCACAGCGCUUAAAAACAGCAAGUGAGGUGAAUGCAGCUAUCCUUACUAGCCAGAGCCAUGAAAAAGACCCAAAGCUUCCUAGCUUGUUAAAGAUGCUGAUAUGGGCCCAGAACCAGCUUGAUGAGAAGGCUGCUUAUCCUCGCAUAAAUGACUUGUCUACCGCCAAGCUUGAAGAUCCUGCUGUUUGAAAAGGCUUUUGACGUCCUUGAUCGUAAUGAAGAAAUGAUGUAUCUAUGUUUCUCUGAAAAUGACCAUAACUAGUUCUCUCUUGCAUUUGAUUAAGAUUGGGGUUCAUUUAUUUUCAAUAGCUUUUCAGUAGCCUUGUACUGUUGUACAAAAUAUUUGAAUAUUUCUCUUUUCAUAUUCAAUGCAAAGGUUGUUGAAGAUUUCUUUGACA